ACAUGAAUAAAUAAUCUAACCAUGUAGCAAGAAUACUGUGAUACAUCUCUAACCUGUCGUUUGCUAUACUCACUACAAUCCGAUUACUAGAUUCUUAACAAUUAAAGCAAUCGAAAUACCUACAUAACAAUAAAAAAUUAUCAAUUGUCAAACCUACGGAAACUGUGCAUAGUUUUUAUAUUACUACAGAGAUAAUAAGUGACUUUUUCUUUAUGUUAAUCUAAAUUAAAGUUUUCUUGAAACCGAUCUUCCAAUAUGAUCCGGCUAAGAAUAGAAGGACAUACCUUGAAUAGAAAUAUUGGAAUUCUAACAAGCUCUCGUAUCUUAUUCUCGUUAGUAGUCGAAAAAAGCUUUAAAUGCACAUGUUAUUUGAUCAUAGUAUACCAAGCGUAUCAAAAACACACGAAAACGUCAAACGCCGAAUUCGCUCAAUUAUCUAUUUGGAUCGUGUGUUUUUUUUAAAUAAAUUCAUAUCAAAAUCAAAUCAGCCACUUUCAUAUCAAUUCUUUGUGACACCCAGCGAAAGGAAAAAAGGUAUUGUAAAUGAAAUUUUGUUUUGCCCACUGCCAGAUUAAACGGUUUUUGUUUCUCUUCUAUUGUACCAACAUUGUUUGAUUGUUUUGUAUAACUUUACACCGGGAAAACAUGGAGCAUAACAUCGUACGUUUGUAUACGAAUGAUCACGUUAAAAUCUCCGGAUGGUCAGAACGAAUCCAACAGUAUCCGUACGAUUGUCCCGUGAACAAAGCAGGGCAAGCUGCUUAUAGAACAUUUGGAUACACCACCAAACAUUUCAUUCCCCGGACCAGUACCCAAGCCAUGAGUGAUACCGUCUGGGGUCAUUUUCAACAACGCCAAGUUGCAGCCCAUAAUCGUAAGAUGAAAACCCACCGGUCUGAGGUUAAAUUGUGCCCAUACAUCACCAGCUACCAGGAUGACUAUUUCGAUCGAUUCCCAGCCUUCCGCAAGUUGAUGAUGAUAAAUGCGCUGCAGAAUGGAACGAACAAACGCAUCCCGAAUCCACUGUCUCUAAAUUGAAAGAUGAUGAUUAUUUAUAUCCUUUUCCGGCUACACAAUUUACCAUAUUGCCAUGCUCUGCAGUACCGAUCCACACCCGAAAUAGGAAAGAGAAAAAUAAAACAAAACUAAUGUGACAAAUG